CCCACUCUGGCUGUGGCGGCGCGAGGCCUGCGGCGGGGACGCGGACGGCAGGAGCGAUGAUGUCCCGUCUGGCGCCCAGGUGGCCUGCGUGGCUCUUCUGGUGGCGGGCGGCCUGCGCUCAGGGAGUCUCCGCACAGCAGAGGAUAUGGGCAGGGGUGUCCAGGAUCCCUGGGCCGGGCGGCCCUUGGGGGGCCACGGGCACCAGCCCCCUCGUUCGAAGAGGCAGCUUCUCGGCACCCUCCUGUGCUCCCGAGGUGAUGCUGACCCGGGAGCGCUACUCCGUGCGGCGGCUGCCCUUCUCUGUGGUGUCUGAGGACGACCUGGCCGCCCUGGAGCGCAUCGUCCCUGGCAGGGUCGUCACAGACCCAGAGGAGCUGGAGGCUCCCAAUGUGGACUGGCUGAGGACGGUCCGAGGCUCCAGCAAGGUGCUUCUGAGGCCCCGGACGUCCCAGGAGGUGGCGCACAUCCUCAGGUACUGUCACGAGAGGAACCUGGCCGUGAGCCCACAGGGGGGCAACACGGGCAUGGUGGGGGGCAGUACCCCCGUCUUUGAUGAGAUCAUCGUGUCCACCGCCCUCAUGAACCAGAUCGUCAGCUUCCACAACGUGUCCGGGGUGCUGGUCUGCCAGGCGGGCUGUGUCCUGGAGGCACUGAGCCGGUACGUGGAGGAGCGGGGCUUUGUCAUGCCGCUGGACCUCGGGGCGAAGGGCAGCUGCCACAUCGGGGGGAACGUGGCGACCAAUGCCGGCGGCCUGCGGUUUCUGCGAUACGGCUCGCUGCGAGGGACGGUCCUGGGCCUGGAAGUGGUGCUGGCCGACGGCACCAUCCUUGACUGCCUUACGUCCCUGCGGAAGGACAACACGGGCUAUGACCUGAAGCAGCUCUUCAUCGGGUCGGAGGGCACCCUGGGUGUCAUCACCGCCGUGUCCAUCUUGUGUCCGCCCAAGCCCAGUGCUGUGAACGUGGCUUUCCUCGGCUGUCCUGGCUUUGCUGAGGUUUUGCAGACCUUCUGCACCUGCAGGGGCAUGCUGGGCGAGAUCCUGUCCGCAUUCGAGUUCAUGGACGCCGAGUGCAUGAAGCUGGUCGGGCUCCACCUCCGUCUCGCCUGUCCAGUGCAAGAAAGUCCGUUCUACGUCCUCAUCGAGACCUCGGGGUCCGGGGCGGGGCACGAUGCAGAGAAGCUGAGCGGCUUCCUGGAGCAGGUGCUGGGCUCGGGGCUGGCGACCGACGGGACCCUGGCCACCGAUCAGCGGAGGAUCCAGAUGCUGUGGGCCCUGAGGGAGAGGAUCACCGAGGCCCUGAGCCGGGACGGCUACGUGUACAAGUACGACCUCUCGCUGCCCCUGGAUAGGCUCUACGACCUCGUGAGCGACCUGCGGGCCCGCCUCGGCCUGCACGCCAAGCACGUGGUGGGCUACGGCCACCUGGGGGACGGCAACCUGCACCUCAACGUUACGGCAGAGGCCUUCAGCCCGUCGCUGCUGGGCACCCUGGAGCCCUAUGUGUACGAGUGGACAGCCAGGCAGCAGGGCAGCGUCAGUGCCGAGCACGGCCUGGGCUUCAAGAAGAAGGACGUCCUUGGCUACAGCAAGCCACCCGAGGCCCUGCAGCUCAUGCAGCAGCUCAAGGCCCUCCUGGACCCCAAGGGCAUCCUGAACCCCUACAAGACGCUGCCCACCCGCACCUGACGCCCACCGUGGUCAGCGGGAGACUUGGGAGGGGGCCUCAAUCCUUGGCUUUGUCUGUGGGGCGCGCCCGCAGGGCUGGCGUGGGCUCACAGGGCCUCCGUCUGAGGGAGCCAGUGGCAGGCGGGGUGACCGGCCCCCUGGUUGGCGGUGGGGAGCCAGCCCUGUGGAGCCUGGGACACGUGGCUCUCGGCAGGAUUCCUCCGGGUGCUCUGCUGGUUCUUUUGGGUUGGCCGAGUGGAGAGGGCUGCCCCGUCCUCUCUCCAUCCUCGUGGCAGGCACUCCGUCCCUUUGCAGGUCCUGGACAGGCCAGGUGGGUGAGCAGUUCUGCCCAAUCAGAAUAGACCAGGUCGCCCCUGCUUUGCCUGUGGCCCCUGGGAUCCCACCUUGUGGGGUGCAGCUCUUCGGGGGGCACGGAUGGUCCCUCCGCUGGCCCCCCCACGCAGUGUGAGCCUCCGAGGUGCCCCGGGCAGAGGUGGUGAGCUCCACGUGGGCAGCAGAGCACCGUGAGGUGGGUCCACGCGGAGCUCUGACCAACAGAGCCUGGGCCAUUGGGCACUCUACAGAUGACUUUUAGUCACAUUUGAGCCAGAGUGACAGGAAUGCCCCCCACCGUGGAAGGUGUCAUUUCCCCCGUUUUCCAGAAGGCCCAUGAGUUGGCAAGACCGUUGUCGGAAGACAGGCAUCGGCUUCUUGCACUUGGUGGUUUGCUGUGAUGUGUCUUUUGGGUUCUGCUUUGACCAUGAAGGUCAGCAGUGCCGGGUGAGAAGCCCCGCCCGGCACAAGCAUCUUCAGUCACCCCGACCGGGUCCUCCCCAUUGACCUUGGUCCCUGGGGCAGCUGCUCGGGCUGUGGAGACAGUCUGGGAGGCGGGACACGUUUUCUGUUUCCGGUUGCCGUGAACUUCCAGUAAAAGUGAGA